CGCUGGUUUCCCGUAAGUGGCAUAAAGAAGAAAAAGAGAGGAGAUGGAUCUUUUCACCCUGCUGGCCCUGAUGUUCCUGCUGCCAGCAGCAGCUGCUGAAGAGAUUGUUAAGUUUGUUGGAGAUGAUGUGAUUCUGAGGUGUGAGGCUGGUGACGGCUUCAUCAGAGCUGUGGAGUGGACCAGACCUGACCUGAAGGAAGGAGAGUACGCCCUCUUUUACAGAGAUGGACGCUCAAUACCAACGGAGCAGCAUGAGUCCUUCAGGGACAGGGUGCAGCUGGUGGACAGACAGCCACAGGACAGAAACGUGUCUUUAAUUCUGAAGAACGUGACGAACAACGAUGCUGGAACGUACGAGUGUCGAGUUUAUCUGGGUGGUUCAAGACGAAAGAAGAGAGCCGCCUUCAAGGGAGAGCUAUUCCAAACAAUCGGUCUGACGGUCAAAGACAGAGAGACCGUUAACCUAACAGUUUCUCCUGGAGAUAAUGUGACUCUGAGGUGUGAGGCUGGUGACGGCGUCAUCAAAGCUGUGGAGUGGACCAGACCUGACCUGAAGAAAGGAGAGUGCGUCCUCCUUUACACCGAUGGACACACAGACCUAACGUACCAGCAUGAGUCCUUCAGGGACAGGGUGCAGCUGGUGGACAGACAGCUACAGGACAGAGACGUGUCUUUAAUUCUGAAGAACGUGACGACCAACGAUGCUGGAACGUACGAGUGUCGAGUUGCUCUGGGCGCUUCAAGACGAAAGAAGAGAGGCGUCCUUGAUGAGGAGCCGAUCAGGGUCAUCCAUCUGAAGGUCAUAGACAGAGAUUCUCCUGAUGGAAUCCAUAUUAAUGGAUGGAGUAGGAAGGUUGGAGUGGGGUUAGGUGUUGCUGCUGGUGUUGCUGCUGGUGUGCUGGUUUCUGGCAUUGGAUAUCUUAUCUGGAAACACAACCAAGCAAAGGCAGAGAGAUUCCCACCUGAAGAUGUCACCUUUGAAGAGUGGUGGAGCGCCUGAUGGCAAAGUGGUCCCAGAGGAGGGUCAGACUAAACAUGAUUGUAACGAGUAAAUGUGAUCAGUUUGGUCCUGGAUGUAUCAAAGAGGACUGGAAACUUUUCUACACAAAGUGAUGACAGAGAGAACAGAAUGUCUCCAGGUCCGCUGUGCAGAGGUCUUUUCAAUUCAAUUCAGUUCAAACAACUUUGCUCUUAGAAACAGUAAAAUAAUUCAGUUUACGCAGUACAAUAUACUGUGUGUUUUUGUCAAACUUGAGUGCAGAGUGAAACAUUGUAUCUAAAUACUUGUAUGUCUCCACAAUCUCCACAUUGUGCAAAUGUCCCGCUAUAUUAUAUAUAUAUACAAAGUCGUGAUAUUGGUGCCCUUAGAUAGUGUAGUCCUGCGUUGUGGAAUGAGGUGGAGGAGACAAUAGUGACAUGCAACAGACCAGUAGCACAGUGCUAAUAGGUAAUAGCUAACAGUUAGCUCUGUAGCAGUACAGUGUGUAUGUGCUGCAGCAGUAUAUGUUCACUUAGCGAUCUCUGUUAGUUUACGACAAGCACCAGACACACUGUGCAUAAUUAGCGAUGCUGGUUUGUUUACAAUCAGCGGCAGCCGCAGUGAGCAGUAAUUGGAUGACUGUCAGACCAAGUGGCAGGUGUGUAUUAAAAGUCACGUGGGACGUCAAAUAUUCCGACUUGCCGGGAUGUCCCGUUCAUAGUGGUCCCGCUUCCAACAGUCCCACCAAUGUUCCUCCUCUGUGACCUCUGGAGGCGGAAAAUUGGUGGGAUCAUUUGAUCCCGGCAUCCCGCUUUGGGCAUGUUCAUAGUGGAGGCGAGACAUUACAGAGCCGUAAAUGUCCCGGCAUGAAACGGCACUAUGAAAGGGGCUACAGAUUAACUCCUUGGUCUUUGUCACGUUUAAGUCCAGGUAGUUAUCAUCGCACCAUUCCACAAAUGGAGAUAAUGCACAGCCAUGACUGAUCUUUAACUGCUAAUGUAUGUAAUGUGUGUUUCAGGUCAGGAUGAUAACAGUUUAUCAGUUAUAUUUUUUCCCGGUCAUAUAAUGGCCACUUUGUAUAUGUGAAUAUAUCAGCAGCUGAUGCUAUAAAGGAUCUAAUCCUGCGUGACUGCAGUGGAUGCAGAUCAGAACCAAAAAAUAUUUACUGAGAAAAUUAGAAAAUCAGUUCAGUCAGAAAAAGAGUUCUAAAAAAUCACAAGACAGAAUUACUCAUACUGUUCUGUUCAGACACAGUGAUGUCUCAGGCUUUUAUUUUGAAUAUAUAUUGUUAAAAUAAUCUGAUUAUUUUGUCUAUUUUGUCUGUCCCUGGUGUCUGUCUCUGUGCGUGAUGCAGGUCACUAUCAAAGGUCAGCCUUGUAUUGGCAAUAUCUAUCUCUAUGCAUUUAUAUUAAUCAGGCAAUAUGAUUUUGAUACAAUGAUUAUGUUUGUGUGUUAAUGUUGAUUUAGAAACUGUGAUUACUUUGAUUACAUAUAUUCCAUUUGCUUAAACUGGUUAAGAUUCUAUAAUCACAAAAAAUAUUAUUGUCUGUUUUAUAUUUUUUAGACUUUAAAAUAACAAGUAGACAUUGAAGAAUCUUUUGGCUCCUGUUAUAUCUCUGUAGAACAUAACAAGGCAGAAUGUCCGUCAUAACAAGUUUGUUAGCAGGUCAGCAUGGCUUUGCUCUGGGCAGCAUUGAUUGUAUUCCCAGGAGGCCUGACGUUUGACUGUAUGGAUGAAAACUGGCGAAUCAGCGGAUGAAGAAGGCGGAACUUCCUGGAAGAAAUCCGCCAGCAUAUUUUGUAAACAACUG